AUGUUUUCUCGUGAAGGCUUCACUCUCGACGUCGUGGCCGGCGCUGUGAGAAAUUGGGUUCUCACACCAACGACGACGUUGCCUCUUGCCUUGGGUCUGACGUGGGAACCAUUAUUCUCACGAUUGAUACAACGUGUUUCGACUGAUCGGGCGAAAGCCAUACGCUCCCGAGUCUACUGGCUUGCCGCUGCGAGUUUCAUUCUCGCUCUAAACGACCAACUGAACAGGCAAUCUGCCAACAACUGGGUAUCGGACUCCCGAUGGAAUUGGGACGAUGAAAUUGUCGUUGUCACAGGCGGUAGCAGCGGCAUUGGUGCCAGCGUCUGCCAGCGACUCAUUGCCAAGAACCCUCGCACGCGUAUCAUUAUCAUUGAUUAUGUCCCGUUGUCAUGGACGCCGCCUCGUGGUGCAAGGGUGUACUACUACGAAUGCGAUUUGAGCGAUGCUUACGCCAUCAAACUUGUAUGCGAUCGCAUCAAGGUCGAAGUUGGCCAUCCGACUGUCCUCUUCAACAAUGCAGGAUUAGCGAGAGGCUCAACGGUCAUGGAGGGGACGUCAAACGAUGUGCAGCUCACCCUCAAGACCAAUCUCAUUGCGCCGUUUCUGUUGGUCAAGGAAUUUCUGCCAGAGAUGGUGAGACGGGAUCAUGGACACAUCUUGAAUACAGGAUCAAUGAGCUCCGUCAUUUCGGCGCCGACUAUUGUGGACUAUUCAGCUUCAAAGGCUGGUUUGACGGCCUUGCAUGAGGGCCUUCAAUUAGAACUCAAGAGUCUGCAUAGGGCCCCCAGAGUGCGUCUCACUUUGGGUAUUUUUGGCUUCAUCCGCACGCCUCUCUUCACUGGAAAGACUAAUGAAUCCAACUUUGUGACCCCAUUGCUGAAUGUCGAAACUGUGAGUGAGAAGCUCGUAGAGGCAGUAUACAGUGGUUACGGCGGUACGAUCUAUCUGCCUGGUGUCAUGCGUUACAUUACCGCUUUGAAAGGUGGUCCGGAAUGGUUCUUCCGACGUAUUCGAGAGCGCUCAUUACGAGUUGACUACGACUUUCACCGACAACAGCAUCGCUACGACAAGGAGACUGGGAAGCGCAUUGGAGCUGCUCUUGAGCCGCUCGAGUAA